ACUAAACACAGCUUGGCAGCUGGUACAAUUUAGCCUAUAUUCUUUGGUGUUGUUCAAAUAGAAUGGAUAAUUAUCCGCAAAAAUUAAUUGAUCAGUAUUUAAGGGUUUCGAAUAAGCUGAAAAAGUUUGAUAGAAUCGUAUUCAAACGCUUUGCGCCUAAUGUCACUGAGGUGCUAGAGGAGUUCGGCCGUUUGGCGACCUGUUUCGAAGAAGCUGGCAUUUUUCAGUAUGCCGCUAUGUGCCACUUAGGCGUGGCCAAAUGUGAGCUUUCCGCAGGCAAUGUGGUAAAUGAAUGCCAAGCCUAUUUGAAAGCAGCUCGUGCUUUCAUGCGCGCACACAACACUAACGCUGCGUUACAACUCCGCUCGAGUGGCGGCGAGUGCAAGGAGGGCGCGCUGCGUUGCUACUGUCAAGCAUUAGAACGUUGCGCCGAUGACACCGUCUUAAAAGCAGCUAUAAUUCGCGAAAUGUCACCGCUGCAGCCUCACUACGAUGGUUGCAGUAGUUUCGCCUCACCUGCGCAUCGAAUAUUCGAAUUGGAGCAAACAGCGCAUGCCGCUUUAGAACAAAGAGAUUUUCUCUGCGCUCUACAGCAACUCGAUGAUAUAGUCGAUAACAUUUGUGAACGCAAACAGCAUGAAUUGUAUUCGGAUUUGUUACGUCGUGUGGAAAUAUUACGUUUGUUAUUGCUGAUGGCGUUAAAUUUGCCACCAGCUCGACAGUCGCCCUCACAUAUUAAGUUAAUUGAGUAUUAUGAGCGCUUAGCCGAUCUUGAGGAUGAUCGAGAGGCGGAAACUGGCUCGCCACUCGCAGCUGCUGGUGGCAAUCACUACAGCACAGGCACCUAUGUGCCGUUACAAAUGAAGUGGGAGCUAGCGGAAAUAGUGCUGUCCUGGAAGGAAUGCCGGACGGCAGAUUUCAAAGUGAUGUUGGAACAGUUUAUGGGAAAAUUUAAUGCGCUCAAUGAGGCACAUCAGCAUGUGGCGCAGUGCAUAUGCGAGAAAUUACAAGAAAAGUAUUGAGUGGAAUAGUAGGGAUAAGAAAUUUGUUUAUGGUAAUUUAGUAAGUGCAUAUGUAUAUAGGUUCUUGAACAUAUAUAUAGUAUUUUAAUAAACAUUUACGAAAAUCAACAUAUAAGUGUAUGAAUUUUAGCACAAUCGGUACACCAAGCAGCAGCUUAACAUCAUAAAUAAAAUCUUCCAACAGUCGGUUAUACGUUACCGGAACGACCCGGAUUUACUAUUUAUACGGCCAAAAACUGGCACUCCAGCAGCAGGGGUACAUGAACGGGGAAUGUUUUUUGUUGUUACAAGGUGUUGACACCUUUCGUGCCAGCCGAAUUAAAUUAAAAUCUAAAACUCACGACCUCAUCUUAGACAGGUCCAAAGCCUGUAUACUCAAGAAGCCUGUAUACCCCCUCCCUCUGGACUCAAUCCGUCAAAACAGCAAAUUUCCUGGGCCUACCGUUAGAUAAGCUAGACGAAGACGACCGGCGA